AUGGAUCCUUAUGGAAGUUUGAGAAAGAAGGAAAAAGAAAGAUCGAAUAGUAGUGCUGCUUUCUCACCGAUGGAUACAUUGACAAACCUUUUUCGUUCCAAUAACAAUAUACAGCCGACACCUGUGAAUUUUCAAUCACCUCUAAAUUCACCGCUACAAUCACCACACAAUUCAUUCAACCAGUAUCCUCAGACAACAACUUUGAAUCAAUCCGGUGGUGGUGGUGGACAUCAACAGCUCUCACCAAGAACGGCAGCGGUAUCACCACACUCCUCAGUCAACAACUUUGGUAGUCUCGGUAGUCUCGCAGCGAAACGCGGUGACUUUAUAGUGUUCAGUGAGUUUAGCGAGCAGAAAGGACCGGUUCACUUGAAUGUCGUGCCGGACAUGCCGUCGUACGAGGGAUUCGACCUCUCAAAGUACGUAGUCAAGAUCAUGUCUGUCGACUUUCAGAACAAGACCGAUCUACGCACCUACGCUAAAGAUGCACAGAUGUUCUUUACACUGACAUCGCAGUUGGAAGGCGGUGAACUCUAUGCAUACGUACACCAUUUCUCACUGUUUGACAUAUAUGCACGUGGUUAUGUCAGACCACUGGUACUCAGUUACCUCACCAAAGAUCCACACAAAGUAAUGAAAUCAUUCGAUAAGUUCCUAGCUAAAUUCUCAAGGGUAACCAACUUUUUGAAAUCAAAGAAUCAUUUAACAUUUGAAAUUGAAUUUAGACAAAGAAUGAGAGAUUUAGACUUCACCAUUGAAUCAUACAAGAAGAAUCAAUCGAUAUCAGAUAAAGAGAGAGAUUCAUAUAUAUCAUUGAUAAACGAUGCUAAAUCAGAGAUGAAAGGGAUUGAACAGUUGUUUGAGCAGGAGAAGAGAUCUCGUGAUCCAAAUUACUGUGGUGGUGGUGGAGGUGGAGGUGUAGGUAAUGGCGGUGUUGGCGGUGUUAAUGGUUCAAACAAUGGUGCACCACUUGGAAUAGAUCUUGAUUCAAUCGAUGAGAAUGACAAUGAUAUUGAUGAUAGUGAGAACGAUCGUGAUAGCAAUGGAUUUAGAAUGCAGUCGAAACAACAUGGUAGCGGUAGUCGUGGUCACAGUCAUGGACAUCACAGCAGUCAUCACAGUAGCAGUGGUCACGGACACAAUCACUAUACCGGCGCCAAGUUCAAACGUGGUACACUUCCACAUGCACUGGAGUCGACAUUCGGUACCAUCUAUUACAAUGAGAAUCUGGUGUUGAGCGGUGAACCGAAACUAAUGGAUUCACUACAAAAGACAACCUAUCUCGAUAAACCACUGCGAUCGAUCACCGAACUCUGCACACCCGAAGUAACAGAGUCAUUCCUUCGUAAACUCGAGAAAUGCUACAACUACUUCUCAAAGUCAUCGCUUCAAAUGGAGUUUGAUAGAAUCGAUUCUCAAUUAUUUAAUCCACAAAGUACUUUAUUAACAAUUGGUCAAACAUCGAUUUUAAAUUAUUUCUUUACUGAAGAAGAAGCUAAACAACAACAAUAUUAUAUAAAAUCACAAAAGAAAGAUAUAAAUAGAUCUAAAUUACAUCGUUCUAAAAUCAAUGUUGGUACAAUGAGCUCUUAUUCUGGUUCCGAUUUAAGUUCUUAUCUAUCUGUUGGAUCAAUGAAUGAUCAAUUUGGUGAAUUUUCAUUAUCUCCACCAGAUAACGAUAAUUAUUUGAAAACAUUGAAUCACUUAUCUCAAAUGGCACAACAGAAUCAACAGCAACAGCAACAAUCCAAUUCAACAUCUUCAUUACCAUUUAUUGGUAAUAGUAGUAAUCAACAAACAACAUCUACAUCUUUAAAUAGUUCAACAUCAAUUCCACAACCUUCAUCUAAUUUAGUUAAUCAACAACAACAACAACAACAAAUACAACUACAACAACUAAACACAACAACUACUAAUAAUAAUAAUAAUAAUAGUAAUGAAAUUAAAUUUGAAUCGUUUUCAAAUUUUAUGUGGGGUGCGAAUAAACCGUUAUAUGGUAAAGGAUUGUUAAAGUUGGUUUAUAAAUAUCCAUGGAUAAAACAUGCGAUCUACUCUCUCCUGAAAGGAAGAACUGUAUUUGUAAUCGGACAACAAGAAAAGAAAACACAGAUACUCCAGAUGAUCUAUGCACUCGCUAUCUUUGUCGUGGGUUACUCAAAGACCAACAAGAAAGAAGCAAUCGAUCUUUGGCACACCGAUUCUCUGAAACUAUCAGACCUGUCUUGGUUGAAACUUGCUGGUAUACCAAGAACAACCGAUAAAUCAAAAAUACCAACCAAUGUCAAUUUGUAUGUUAGUAAGAUCGACUUGGAUACAGAGGAAUACACUGGACCUGUAUAUAAUGUAAAUAAUGGUAUCAUCGAUGAGAUAUUGUGUACAAAGAAACCUUGGAAUGACAAUGAGAGUCUGUAUAUCAGUCAUAUACAGACGGCAUUCUUUGAGAUCGCCAUAAAGAGUUUCAUACACUAUCAUGUUUGUUGUGCACAGCCUCAACCGCUUAGAAGCGAUCAUCCUCUGCUGAGUUCAUCGAUACUCAUUAAUCUACUGGCAAAACAACAGCAACAACAACAACAGCAGCAAUUGUACUAUUCAACUUCUGAGCUGCCUUCUCUUUCGUUGCCAGUUUGUUUAACACCACCGGACAGUGCAUUCCAACAGCAGUCCAUGUACAAAUCAACAUCUGCAUUCGCCAGGAAGAAGCCAGCGGUCGUUCCAAUCACAACUCGUUCCCUUUCAGAGUCACACCUGAAAGAACAUCAACAACAUCAACAACAGAUGGUCAAUUCGCAUCACCAUCUCAUUCCAUCGGUAACAGGCAGCUCACCAAGCGACCAUCCAAGUGCACUCACUCAAUCGUCAUCCUCUACCAUCUCCAACAACAGUAAUAGUAUAAAUAACAACAAUAAUAAUAUUAAUAGCAAUAGCAAUAAUACUCAUAACAACAAUAAUAAUAAUAGUAAUCUAAAUAACUCAAUGAAUCAAACAAACAAUAAUAAUAAUAAUAACAAUAAUAACAAUCUUAAUAACUCUGUAUCGGCAUCACCUUCACCUUCACCUUCACCAAUUCCAAUUUUAUCAAAUUCCAUCAAUAACAACAAUUCACAACCAUCUCCAAAGCAGCAGUCCUCACAUUCCUCUACUAGAUAUACAGAUCCUAAAACACUUUUCAAACGAUGGGAUUUGCAUCCUCAGGACCAGGUCAUUGUCGAAUCACUCUCUGAGAUGAUCAAAGAACAACAAUACUUUGAAAUAUACAACUCGAAAGGACAAGAGAUGUCACCCGGUAUCAAAUUAGAUUUCUCACCAUCCCUCCAUGUCGAUCGUAGAGUCUUUGUAUUUUUAUUAAAUUCUUAUAUAAAUGCUACCAAAUUGAGUAGUACAAUAGGUUACUAUGGAUUUGAUACUAACGAACCUCUAGUAUCCUAUAUCUUGAUUGAACUCGAUUCCGAGAUUGAAGAUGAUUCCAAUUAUCAUAUUUUAUUAAAUCAGACAGAAUGUUCUCAAAUAACCAAACAAGAUAUAUUUCCUAAAAAUUCCCUUGAAUGUAAAAUAGAAAAAGUAUUUCAAGAUUCAAAUUACUCUAUUGUUAUACAAUAUAAAGAGGAAACUAUUAUCGAUGAUAAAAUCUAUUUAACUAGAAUUGAACAAAACGAAGAUAGUCUGUUGAUAUUUGGAAAUUUCUCAAAUCUAAAUCCAAAGAACUUUACUGUUUCGUUGUGUAAUACUCUGCCAGAGGAUAAAGUAAAAAGUAUCAAUGAUUCAUUGAUUGUCGCACCAAUGUUUGAAGACACUGAGAAUUAUAGAUGUGGUGUUGUUGUGCAAGAAUCUUUCAGAUUCAAUACUGACUAUCUUGUGAUAAAUGAAGAGCCGUGGCAAGAAGGGGCAAAUGUAGGUCAUAUAAAUAUUACAAUCAUCUUUGCUGUUAUAUGUGGUAUUAUCGGAUUGAUCACAAUCUUUGUUAUAGCAACAUUCACUGUUAUAAAAUUGAAACAACACAAAAAAAGGAGAGAGGACAAAAUGAACAAGAAAGUAACAGUAACAAAUGAUGGUGCUUAA